AAAAUUCGUUUAAGAUAGUCGCCACGUAGAAAUUGGAAAGGUUCUGCAAAUUCAAAACUAGUCAAGACGAGACCCAAACAACAUUUGAAGCAGCUGAAAGUCUCCAAACUUUACACAAAAUUCUUAAUUUUUUAUCUUUUCUUUGUCGAUCAUAAUGUGUGGGAUUUUCGCGUACCUGAACUUCUGCGUACCCAGAAAAAAGCGGUACAUUUUGGAAACAUUGAUCAAGGGACUUCAAAGGUUGGAGUACAGAGGUUACGAUUCUGCCGGAGUUGCUUUCGAUGGGAAUGAUGCUGUUAUGAAGAUUGUGAGAAAGAAAGGCAAAGUAGCCUCUCUGGCAAAGGCUGUCCAAGACCAAGAGGAGAUAAAAUGUAUGGAUGAGUGUGAUGUACAUGUCGGUAUUGCCCACACUCGAUGGGCGACACACGGUGAACCAAGUGAGAGGAACAGCCAUCCUCAGUGUUCUGGAAAAGAAAAUGAUUUUGUUGUUGUGCAUAAUGGGAUCAUCACUAAUUACAAGGAUAUCAAAACGUUUCUGGAGAGCAAAGGGUUCAAGUUUGACUCUGACACAGAUACUGAGGUCAUCCCCAAGCUUGUGAAGUACAUCUUUGACAAAACAAAAGCAGAAAAUAAAAAGAUGGAGUUUAGGCAAUUGGUCGAGAUGGCUAUGACACAACUGGAAGGGGCAUUUGCUCUUGCCUUCAAAAGCAAGCACUUUCCUGGAGAGAUUGUUGCCACAAGACGUGGAAGUCCUUUACUUAUUGGUAUUCGGAGUUCAGCUCCACUAAAAGCUGACAAACUACCCAUCAUCUACAACUCAGGCGAUAAAAUGAUGGCCGAUGGGCAACAAGAAACAGUUGUAUAUCCAGGAAUAACAGGGGUUUAUGGUGAGCCUGAAUACGCUGAUGAGACUGGAUGGUCAAGCCUGGCAAGAGAGGAGGGCAAGCCUAUCGAGUACUACUUUGCUUCAGAUGCUAGUGCUGUGAUCGAACACACAAACAAGGUGAUCUUCUUGGAGGAUAAUGAUGUUGCUGCAGUUGUCAAUGGAAAUCUGUCCAUUCAUCGUUUUAAGAAUAAUGACGAGUCUGAUGAUUACUACAGAGAUGUGCAGACUUUACAUUUGGAGCUUCAGCAGAUCAUGAAAGGGAACUAUGCCUCCUUCAUGCAAAAAGAGAUCUUUGAGCAGCCAGAGAGUGUUGUCAACACCAUGAGAGGAAGAGUGAACUUUGAGACAAACCAAGUCAUUCUUGGAGGUAUGAAGGCUCACAUUGGGACAAUUAGAAGAUGUCGUAGGAUCAUGUUGAUUGCAUGCGGUACAAGUUUCCACAGUGCUGUAGCGACAAGGCAGAUAAUUGAAGAGCUGACUGAGCUACCCGUGGUUGUAGAACUAGCUAGCGAUUUCUUGGAUAGAAGAACGCCUAUAUUCCGGGAUGAUGUAUGUUUCUUUAUCAGCCAAUCAGGAGAGACGGCCGACACUCUCAUGGCUCUGCGCUACUGCAAAGAGCGAGGUGCUCUUAUUGUUGGAAUAACAAAUACGGUGGGAAGCUCAAUCUCUAGAGAAAGUGCCUGUGGCUGUCAUAUUAACGCUGGUCCAGAAAUUGGUGUGGCAAGUACAAAGGCAUAUACUAGCCAAUUUCUGGCGCUUGUGAUGUUUGCGCUGAUGAUGUCAGAGGACAGAAUUUCCAUGCAAGAGAAGAGAAAAGAGAUAAUAAAAACACUGAAAGAAUUACCAGAUCUAAUCAAAGAAGUGCUACAGUUGGACGAGCAAAUCCAGACACUGUCGCGAGAAAUCUACCAACAGAAAAGUCUGCUAGUCAUGGGCAGAGGCUACCAGUUUUCCACAUGUCUAGAGGGAGCUCUGAAAAUAAAGGAGUUGACGUACAUGCACUCGGAGGGUAUAAUGGCCGGCGAGUUGAAACACGGCCCCCUCGCCCUCAUUGACAAGGCAAUGCCCGUCAUCAUGAUCAUCACCAGGGAUGCCGUCUUUCCUAAAUGUAUGAAUGCUUUGCAUGAAGUCACCGCAAGGAAUGGAAGGCCGAUUCUAAUCUGCAACAAGGGAGACGAUGAGGUGAAACACCACGGCACCAAGUUCUUGGAAGUCCCUCACGUGGUGGACUGUCUUCAAGGCAUCCUUACGGUUAUCCCUCUUCAACUUCUCUCCUUCCACAUCGCUGUGCUUCGGGGAUUUGACGUUGAUUUUCCAAGAAAUUUAGCAAAGUCCGUUACAGUGGAGUAAUUCCUCAUUUUGCACUUAUAUCUUACAUUAAUACUCUGUUUAAAUGAAUUAUAUUCUAGAUUUCAACAUGCGAAAUGUUAGCAAAUUGUUCAUGAAUGACAUGGGAAAAAUGCUUGUAUAUUUAAGAAUUGUUUGUGGGCACACAUGUUCAAUAAUUUUGUGUAUGGGCUGUGUUUAAAUGUCAAAGGCUCUUGUUCUGACUUGCGUGACACAUUCUUAGUUUUGUAGUCUAUGAAACCCUAUACAACAUAGAUAUUCAUAUCAUUAGUUAACUAAGGUUAUAUAUUCAGUGAUAUUCAAUCCAACUCCAUUCAAUCCAACAAUUAAUAUGGUUAGUUAUAUUUCAUUAUCAAAUUAUGAAAGGGAAUGAAAUUGUGAUUCAAGGUAAAUAAGAACAGCAUUGCCACGCAAAUCGGUUCAACAGUCUUUAAGUUCUUGCAAAAGUUUUAUCAAAAUCUAUGAUAGUUUUUAAGGGAUUUCCACGUUUUGAAGGUUUAGUGAUGGAGUAUUUUAUUGUGCUAUACAGCAUGUGGUGCUCUGUUUUGCAUUUUCUGAAUGAUUUAUCUGUUUCAAACUGAAAACUGCACAGGCCUCGUCUGGACAGAGAAACAAAAUAUUGUUUUUAAGAUAAUUGCGCAGUUGUGAAAGAGGUAUUACUUUUCACAAAAUUAGAAACAAAUAUUGUUUUUAUGUGAAUAAAGCUAUGACAUGGUG